AUGCUUACUUCAACUCCAUUCACUGAUAUUUUCCUCGCGAUCACAGAGAACCCCAUUCCCGUCGCCAUUCCUCUCACCCCUCUCAUCGCCCACUAUGCUAUCCUCGAGUUCGCCAAAUCGCCCACCCGUCUCCCUUUCCGUCGCGCGUCACGUCGCCAUCUCGUCGCCCGUCCCGUCGCCCUCUUCGUCGUCCUCUCUCCCCUCCUCUCCUCCCGUCGGCCUCUCUCUCGCCCCUCGCUACCAAUCGCCCUCCCGUCGCUCGCCCUGUCGCGCUCUCUCUCUCCGCUCCCUUCCCGUCGCCCUCUCUCUCGCCCCUCCCUUCCCGUCGCGCUCUCUCUCUCCGCGCCCUUCCCGUCGCCCUCUCUCUCUCGCUCCUCCCUUCCCAUCGCUCUCUCUCUCUCUCCGCUCCGCCCUCUCUCUCGCUCCUCCUUCGAAUCGCGCUCUCUCUCCGCUCCCUUCCCGUCGGCCUCUCUCUCCGCUCCCUUCCCGUCGCGCUCUCUCUCUCCGCUCCCUUCCCCUCGCCCUCUCUCUCGCCCCUCCCUUCCCGUCGCGCUCUCUCUCUCCGCUCCCUUCCCGUCGCCCUCUCUCUCGCCCCUCCCUUCCCGUCGCGCUCUCUCUCUCCGCUCCCUUCCCAUCGCCCUCUCUUUUGCCCCUCCCUUCCCGUCGCGAUCUCUCUCUCCGCUCCCUUCCCGUCGCCCUUCUCUCUCGCCCCUCCUACCCGUCGCGCUCUCUCUCUCCGCGCCCUUCCCGUCGCCCUCUCUCUCGCCCCUCCCUUCCCAUCGCGUUCUCUCUCUCCGCUCCGCCCUCUCUCUCGCUCCUCCCUUCGAAUCGCGCUCUCUCUCCGCUCCCUUCCCGUCGCGCUCUCUCUCUCCGCUCCCUUCCCAUUGCCCUCUCUCUUUCUGCUCCCUUCCCAUCCUCCCUUCUCGCUCGCCUCGAAUAGCCCUCCCGGCGACCUUCGACUCUCCCAUCACGUAUGCCCUCCUUUCUCCGUCGCCUCUCUCGUUCUCCCUCUGCUAUCGCGUCAGCGUGACCCAUUCCGUACUCUGUUAUUGUGUUUGGUUUGUUUGUUUCUUCUGUCUUUCCAUCUAUUCUCGACACCCUCUCUCCCGCCGCCUAUCCUCUCUCCCGUCGCCUAUAUUUUCUCCCGUCGCCCUCCCGUUUUCCGUCGCCCUCCCGUUUCCCGCCCCCCUCCCGUUUCCCGUCGCCCUCCCUUUUCCCGUCGCCCUCCCGUUUCCCGUCGCCCUCGCGUUUCCCGUCGCCCUCCCGUUUCCUGUCGCCCUCCCGUUUCCCGUCGCCCUCCCUUCUUCCAUCACCCUCCCUUUUCCCGUCGCCCUCGCGUUUCCCGUCGCCCUCCCGUUUCCCGUCGCCCUCCCGUUUCCCGCCGCCCUACCGUUUCCCGUCGCCCUCCCGUUUCCCGUCGCCCUCGCGUUUCCCGUCGCCCUCCCGUUUCCCGUCGCCCUCGCGUUUCCCGUCGCCCUCCCGUUUCCCGUCGCCCUCCCGUUUCCCGUCGCCCCCCUUCUUCCGUCGCCCUCCCGUUUCCUACGCCCUCCCUUCCUGUCGCCCUCCCGUUUCCCCUCGUACGAAUCAGAAGCGCGGUCUCGCGCGUUGCCUCUUUCGCCGCAAAGUCCGCGCUAUCCCCCCCAAUUCCGCCUUUCUCCGCGUUCCGACACGGGUAAUCCGCUUCCACCCAUGGCGGCGGGAUCGCGCGCCCUUUUUCUGGGGGUGGACGGCGGCGCAUCUUCCACCUCCGCCGUCCUCCUCGACCUCUCGCGCGCAAACGCCGCUGCGCCCGCGGAGGCGGAAGGAAUGGCGGAAGAAAUGGCGGAAGGCAUGGCGGAAGCUGGUGGACCGGCGGAGCUGACGGCGGAUGGUGCGCGCGAGUGCGUGGUGGGGCGCGGAAGCGGCGGAAGCUCAAACAAAAACAGUGUGGGCGAGGCUAGUGCGCGCAGUGCGCUGCAAGCAGCGAUGGAGGGGGCGCUGGGGGCGGCGGGGGUAGCGGCGGGGGAGGUGGCGGGGGUGUGUGUGGGGAUGGCGGGGGUGGAUAGACCCGCGGACAUGCAGCUGGUGCGCUCAUGGCUCAGCCCCAUAUUCCCCCACCUCCCGCCCUCCCGCCUGCUGAUCUGCAACGACGCUCUAGUCGCGUUCGCCAGUGCCACUCUCGGGGUCAUUCCCGCUGCCGCUGCCACCACCGCCACCGGCACUCUCCCUGACGAGACCGAGGAGAGCAGGCGCAGAGGGAGAGGGGACGGCAGAGGGGGACGAGGCAGAGGAGGAGGAAGUGGAGGAGCAGCAGCGGAAGGGAGUGUGGAUGGGUCGGGUGGUGGGGUGGUGGUGAUUUCAGGCACGGGAACGAUUGCGUACGGGAUAGCAGCAGACGGCAGGGAGGCACGGGCGUCAGGAGGGGGACCUCUCCUGGGGGACAAGGGGAGUGGGUAUGCAAUGAGCUGUGAGGCGUUGGCUGCUGUGCUGCGUGCAUGGGAUGGGCGCGGGCGCGUGACGGCUCUGACAGAGGCCGUGCUGGGGCAUGCGGGGCUGGGGAGUCCCAGCGAGCUUAUCAGCUGGGCCUAUUCUGACCCAGCAUGGGCGCGCAUAGCAGCACUCUUCCCCUGUGUGCGUGGAUGUGCAGCAGCGGGCGAUGCAGCAGCCAUGGCUGUCAUUACAGAUGGAGUGGAGGAGAUGGCGCUUUCUGCUCAUGCUGUUGCCUGCCGACUCGGCUUCCCAGAGUCGCGCCAACCGUUCCUUAUAGUCACAGCAGGCGGUGUGCUCACUGACAGUUCGCCGCCCAACAUCCCGCGCAUGUUUGACCACCAAAUCCGCAUGCUACUGCCCUCUGCUGUCGUCAAGCCGCCCCAGGUGGAGGCUGCACUAGGGGCUGCUCUCUUGGCCUGGAGAGUCUCAUUAUGUUGA